AUGUUCCGAACAGCACUCCUCAGGUCCGCAAGGUCCGCUGUCCGCGCCGCACCACGAUGCCAGACCGCAAUGGCUCGCCCCGUUGCGCGAAGCUCCUUCGUUCAGCCAAAGCAAAUCACCCCCUCCGUAUACUUCCAGGCCGUACGAUGCUACGCUGCGAGCGCUGGUCUGUCACGGGACGAGGUCACUGGCAGGAUAAUGGACCUGCUGAAGAACUUUGACAAGGUCAAUGACACCUCAAAGCUCAAUGCCGAGUCCCACUUCCACAACGACCUUGGUCUGGACAGCCUGGAUACCGUAGAAGUAGUCAUGGCAAUUGAGGAGGAAUUCAGCAUUGAGAUCCCCGACAAGGAAGCCGAUGCCAUUCACAGCGUCAAGCAAGCAGUGGAGUACAUCCUUGCCCAGCCCGAUGAUGAUAUCCAAGAAGCUGGGUACUGA